AGGUGGCGGUGGUUGAUGGUUGACCGUUGGCUCCAGGGUAGGGGUCGCCGCUCGGGCGAUCGGCUCAGACCGGGCUUGGGUGAGCGUAUUGCUGACGCUCGGCCGUGAGCCCGCGGGCAACACCUAGCUCGGCUCGGCGAUGCCAGCCGGGAGUAACGAGCCGGGCGGCGUCCUCAGCUAUCAGAGACCAGAUGAAGAAGCUGUGGUGGAUCAGGGUGGGACCAGUACAGUUCUCAACAUUCACUAUGAGAAAGAAGAGUUGGAAGGACAUAGAACUCUGUACGUGGGGGUUCGGAUGCCGCUGGGUCGGCAGAGCCAUCGGCACCACCGAACCCAUGGCCAGAAGCACCGGAGACGGGCACGAGACAAAGGAGCCAGCCAGGGAGAGGAAGGCCCGGAGGCCCUGGCCCACGACACACCUUCUCAGCGUGUUCAGUUCAUUCUUGGCACUGAGGAAGAUGAAGAGCAUGUGCCUCAUGACCUGUUCACAGAGCUGGAUGAGAUCUGUAUGAAAGAGGGAGAAGACGCUGAGUGGAAGGAGACAGCCAGGUGGCUGAAGUUUGAAGAAGAUGUUGAGGAUGGGGGAGAACGUUGGAGCAAGCCAUACGUGGCAACCCUUUCAUUGCACAGUCUCUUUGAACUAAGAAGCUGCCUUAUUAAUGGAACAGUCCUUCUGGAUAUGCGUGCAAACAGCAUAGAAGAAAUUUCAGACCUGAUCUUGGACCAGCAAGAACUGUCCAGUGACCUGAAUGACAGCGUGAGGGUUAAAGUGCGGGAAGCCCUUCUCAAAAAGCAUCAUCAUCAGAAUGAAAAGAAGAGAAACAACCUCAUUCCUAUUGUUCGCUCCUUUGCUGAGGUUGGCAAGAAGCAGUCUGAUCCUCAUUCGAUGGAUAAAAAUGGUCAAACAGUAUCUCCUCAGUCUGUUCCAACUACAAAUCUUGAAGUAAAAAAUGGAGGGAAUUGUGAACACAGUCCAGUGGAUUUAAGCAAGGUGGACCUUCAUUUCAUGAAAAAAAUUCCCACUGGGGCAGAGGCCUCCAAUGUCUUGGUCGGAGAGGUGGAUACUCUGGACCACCCCAUUGUUGCCUUUGUGAGGCUGUCUCCAGCUGUUCUUCUCUCAGGCCUGACGGAAGUGCCAAUCCCAACAAGGUUUUUGUUUAUCUUAUUGGGUCCGGUAGGGAAAGCUCAGCAGUACCAUGAGAUUGGCAGAUCCAUGGCCACCAUCAUGACAGAUGAGAUUUUUCAUGAUGUGGCAUAUAAGGCAAAAGAGCGAGAUGAUCUUCUAGCAGGGAUUGAUGAGUUCCUGGACCAGGUGACAGUACUCCCUCCAGGGGAGUGGGAUCCUUCCAUUAGAAUUGAGCCACCCAAAAAUGUCCCUUCCCAGGAGAAAAGGAAAAUGCCUGGCAUUCCAAAUGGAAACAUUUGUCACAUAGAAUCAGAGCCACAUGGAGGCCACAGUGGGCCAGAACUUCAACGUACUGGGCGGCUGUUUGGGGGCUUGGUGCUGGACAUCAAGCGGAAAGCCCCCUGGUACUGGAGUGACUACCGGGAUGCACUGAGCUUGCAGUGUUUGGCCUCCUUUUUGUUCCUGUACUGUGCCUGCAUGUCACCUGUCAUCACCUUUGGGGGAUUGCUCGGAGAAGCCACUGAGGGACGCAUAAGUGCAAUUGAAUCCUUGUUUGGAGCCUCCAUGACUGGGAUUGCUUAUUCCUUGUUUGCGGGACAAGCUCUCACCAUCCUGGGAAGUACAGGGCCAGUGCUCGUGUUUGAAAAGAUUUUGUUCAAAUUCUGCAAAGACUACGCUCUUUCAUACCUCUCCCUGCGAGCUUGUAUUGGGCUGUGGACCGCCUUCCUGUGUAUUGUCCUUGUGGCAACUGAUGCCAGUUCCCUUGUCUGCUAUAUUACCCGCUUCACUGAGGAAGCAUUUGCCUCCCUGAUUUGUAUUAUUUUCAUCUAUGAAGCAAUAGAAAAGCUGAUUCACCUGGCAGAGACCUACCCCAUCCACAUGCACAGCCAGCUGGACCACCUUAGCCUCUAUUACUGCAGGUGUGCUUUCCCAGAGAAUCCAAACAACCACACCCUACAAUACUGGAAGGACCAUAACAUCACGCCAUCAGAAGUCAACUGGGCCAACCUGACUGUUAGUGAAUGCCAGGAGCUGCAUGGAGAGUUCAUGGGAUCUGCAUGUGGCCACCAUGGACCCUACACCCCUGAUGUGCUCUUUUGGUCCUGCAUUCUCUUUUUCACCACCUUCAUCCUCUCAAGCACCUUAAAGACAUUCAAGACAAGCCGCUAUUUCCCAACCAGAGUACGCUCCAUGGUGAGUGAUUUUGCUGUUUUCCUCACUAUCUUAACAAUGGUGAUUAUUGAUUUUUUGAUUGGCGUGCCAUCACCAAAGCUUCAAGUCCCCAGCGUGUUCAAGCCUACAAGGGAUGAUCGGGGGUGGAUUAUCAGUCCCAUUGGCCCAAAUCCCUGGUGGACUGUGCUAGCUGCAAUUAUCCCAGCUCUUCUCUGUACUAUCUUAAUAUUCAUGGACCAGCAGAUCACAGCUGUCAUCAUUAACAGGAAGGAACACAAGCUCAAGAAAGGCUGUGGCUAUCACCUGGACCUGCUAAUGGUGGCCAUCAUGCUGGGUGUCUGCUCCAUCAUGGGCCUGCCCUGGUUUGUGGCUGCAACUGUCCUGUCCAUCACGCAUGUGAACAGCCUCAAACUGGAAUCUGAGUGCUCUGCUCCUGGAGAGCAGCCCAAGUUCUUAGGUAUCCGAGAGCAGAGAGUGACAGGCCUUAUGAUCUUUGUGCUGAUGGGCUGCUCAGUCUUCAUGACAACUGUAUUAAAGUUUAUUCCGAUGCCAGUACUUUAUGGAGUUUUCCUCUAUAUGGGAGUUUCUUCACUACAGGGAAUUCAGUUCUUUGACCGUCUGAAGCUCUUUGGGAUGCCUGCGAAGCACCAGCCGGACUUUAUCUACCUGCGGCACGUGCCACUGCGCAAAGUGCACCUCUUCACCCUCAUCCAGCUGACCUGCCUUGUCCUGCUGUGGGUCAUCAAGGCAUCUCCAGCUGCCAUUGUCUUUCCAAUGAUGGUUUUGGCUUUGGUCUUUGUCAGGAAAGUCAUGGAUCUCUGUUUCUCCAAGCGAGAGCUGAGUUGGUUAGAUGAUCUCAUGCCUGAAAGCAAAAAGAAGAAGUUGGAUGAUGCCAAAAAGAAAGCCAAGGAGGAAGAGGAGGCUGAGAAAAUGUUAGAAAUGGGAGGAGACAAGUUCUCCUUGGAGAGCAGGAAAUUACUAAGUAGUCCUGGAAAGAACAUCAGUUUCAGAUGUGACCCCUCUGAGAUUAAUAUUUCUGAUGAAAUGCCUAAAACUACAGUCUGGAAAGCUCUCAGCAUGAAUUCUGGAAAUACAAAGGAAAAGAGUCUCUUCAACUAAGAUUCUUUGCUCGGAUGGAAGAUUUGGGCCAUGAGGUGCCUCAGGGAAGUUCUGGUUACAGAGAAGAUGGUGCGUCUCUCAGAGAAGAAGCAAGACCAAGUCUGGUCCUGUCCUUGAUCAUGUCAAAGCCAUGCUGAAGCAUUCAGUUAUUCUUGGUGUGCACUGGAGGGCCUCCAGCUAGCCCCAUACCAGCAGCCAGUCACCAGGUGAAAAUGGAAUCAAAAGACCACCUCCUUUUGGUACUUCUGUUCCUUUUCCUUGUCUUUCUCUUCAGAACUACCACCAUUGAAUACCCAGCUUCCCAUUUUCAGACAUUUUCUCUUGAACUCUCUGCUGGCCUACUGAGCCAUAUGGAUCCAUUCUGCCAUUGAGGAUUCCUUCAGUGGGGUCCCUGUUAUCAAAAGAAGUGGGGAGUUAAGGGAACCGAGAGGAAAAGGAAGUUUCUCCAGUCCUCUUGGCAUCUGCAGGCUCCAAGGCUGCCCUGGGCCUUGGUUUGAUUGAUUAUCCUGGGGGAAGCUGGUUGACCCAGAGGCCAUUAGAAGGGUCUCCUACUAGGAGGGUCAGCGAUUUGGGCAUGGUCAGCCCUUACCAUUGCAGCCGGGAAGAUGGCUCUGACUCAGAUGCAUCUUUAUCAUUUCCUAGCAGCAGCCUGCAUAAGUCAGUGAGAACCUUAGAAAAUGAAAGAGUGAAGAAGGACAUUGUUCAGCUUAGGCAGGAAAAGGCUCAGGGGAAAAUCAACAAUAAAAGGGGAUGUGUCUCUUCUCUUGGUUUUCAUUGAGCAUAUAAUAAUGAGCUUCAGUUGCUACGGAAGAAAUUAGUAUAGACACCAGGAAGGACUUUAUAGCCUAAGAUUUGUCUAAGUGUCUGCUUUCUAGAUAUUUGGUAAAGGGCUGAUAAUAGUUGUUUGUGAGUAGAAAGGAGGAUGAAGUGUUUUUAUUGACCAUUUUGUGGGAAGAUUUGAUGUCUUGCUGCUGUCCCUUGAGGACACAUUCUGAUUCCAUUCCUGGAGAGAUCCAAGUGCUUAUGUAAUGUCUCCUUAGCUGCCUUAGUAGUGAACCAUCAUCAACUCGAUGGACCAAAACCAGCUUCAGCCAUGUGGUUUCUUCAUCAUCAUGGAUUUCUGUUGGUUGACAAACAUUCUGGCUCUCAGACAUAAAAAGCCACACUAGGAAAAGAACUGUAAAUGGUAAAAUUAAUUUUUGAAUUUUGUUUAAAUCUCUAUUUAUAGUUUUUAUCUUCUAUGUUACAAUGAAUGUCAAGGGUUUGGGCUCCAGUGUGUUUAGACCUUACCUUCCUUGUGCAUUAAUGUGACUAACAAGCACACUGGCACCCAGGGAAUCCCAUCAUAGUAGUUUUCCAUCCUGGAAAAUCUUUGUACAGUGGGAAAUUCCUGUGGUGUGUUUUCCUUUUGUAGUUGAAGAGCAAUGUGCCUCGACCUCGCUGGCACCCUGCCUGUCUCUUAUCCGUUGAUCUGUUUCUAAAUGAUUCCUCCCUCCCCUCUCUUCUGGGUAUGUCCUUUCUCAUCUACCCUCACUAAAGACCCCUCUGGAUCUGGGAAAAGGGGAAGUUUCCCUGGACCCCUACAUUAGGACUUUUUAAAAUGUCGUCAAGUUUAGAUUUUUAUGAAUAGAAAAGGUUAACUGGAGAUUUAGUUUUAAAAAUUAAUGUUGAAUUUAUUGAAGUUACAAUCCCCCAAAAGAAUGAUUUCUUAAGCUGUUAAAUUCAGAAAAUAAAUCUUAUUAUUCUAUUCAGAAGUCUAGCAAAUAUUAGCACUUAAUAUCUUCAAGCUGUUUAAACUUCAUUUAUAAAUUUAACUUGAUUUCCUCUUUUGAUGUCCUUAGAUUGUCUGACUUAACUAAAGAAAACCUUUCAGAGUACUUAAACUCUUACAAAACUGAUAUGUUAAACUUACAAAAGAUGGCAAAGUUCAAGUUCUCUUGAUUGUUCUAAUAUUGUGUUUAAACUCGGUAAAUUUUCAACUUAAUUAUUGAAUUAUACAUUUUUAAAUUAUGUGAUUAAUCUAAUAUGGCAAAUUUUCUUAAAAUACCUAACAUACUCAUUUAUUUUUAAGCUUAGCACAAAAAUAUUAAUACUGUAGGCUUGAUUUGAUUAGAUUUGCAAAAUCUUUCCAGCGAUAAAGAUGUUACCCUUCAAAUAAUUUUUGAAAUAAUCCUUUCCUAGUGAUUGUUGGGAUGCACUUCUCAGCUUGGUGAGAUUUCUUCAUCAGAUUUAUUGGUUGGAGUCAGUGACAAUGGUGGAUCCUUGUCAGUGACAAUGGCGGGACAUAUUGAAUCCUACCCAUAGUGGCGAUAUGUAUGCCCUCCAAAUGGGGUGGUCCUGCCUUCCAGUUACACAUAACUAAUUUUUCCUUCUAUUUAUGGAAGAGUUCAAUCCCCACCCCAUUGGGUACAUCACUUUAUUGAAUUUUGUAUUCCUUGGCUCUUAAAAUGUGUUAAUUUAUUCUAGUUUACUCUAAGGACCUCUGAUGUUGAAAGACUCCCACCUUUUAAUUAUUUAAAAUUAUUUUAAUACAGUGAUGAUUUUCAAAAUAUUUAACAACUGGUACAAGAUGGACACCAGCCACUCAGAAUGGAUACCUGCUGUAAGCAAGCAAUGUGCAUAGCUCUACUGGUGCCUAUUGGCUGAAUGUCAGGCUGUUUUCAAAUGUUAAAAUGAUAUCCUCUUGAAUUUUGGGUACUGUUCCUAGUAUAUCUGGUUUAUAGUCACAAGUCUGUUUUAAGGACAGUCUCAGCUUCCCUUCAUAUGGUGCAGACAGGAUCAGGCAUGUUUCUCUGAACUAUAUGGGCAUUAAAAUUGUUGCAAGCCAAAGCUUCACAAUUUAUCACUUUAGGAUAAAUAUAAUAAUUGUACCGUUUACUUCCCUAACUUGUAAAAAUUAAAAGGCAACCUGCUGAUGUGAAAGCUUUUUUGCUGACUUUUCCCUAUCCCUUUCUGGCCGCUUCCUUGAGCUUGCCUCCUUCUUCAUCUUCUUUUCUUUGUUCUCUGGGAACAUCUUCCCUUUCUUCUUCCAUCUUGCCCCUCUCAUCUUUUCCUGCUGCCUCACUGUAAGGAGGCUGGUGACUUCUUAACUUAUUCCCCUAGCUUCGGCAAGGCUGUAAGGAAUGCAACAGAGAAGAGCCUAAUGCAGUGAAACCAGGUGACAAGAUCACUCAGAAAAAUGCCUCUCUGAAGGCAGUGAUGUCUUGUGAUACCUUUUAUUCUCUAGGCUUCUUGAGAGCAGGAAACCUGUCUGUGUUAACUCUAAAUUUUGGGUCCUUCCCAAGCUAGAUCCUCCCAGGUAAACAGUCCUUUAGGAAUUUUAUCUACUUUGGAAGGCUAUUCCAACCAUUUUAGGCCACUAGAUUUUUCUCAACCAAUACCAGAAUUGUUUCUGCUAUAUCUCGGUGGCAGGAACCAUUCCCUACUUUUACUCUCUCCUCUUUCCCAAUUCUUGCCAAACAUUCAACCCUAGCCCUGGCUGCUUCCUUGUUCAGGUCUGUGGCUGGUGGCCAUGGUGGCAGAGAGUCAAGCUAAGCAGUGUUUGGGGGUAGGAAAUUGGGAGUGGAGGUGAAGCAGCAGCAGCGUGUGUAUGUGUAUGUACACAUUAGUGUUUAUCAACAAAGGAGAGUGUAACCACAAGAUUUCAUUGCUACUAUUAAAAAGCCUUUAUACACCUAGCAGUGGGUGACUGUAAAAACAUGGUCAUUCUCUCAUCUGGGGGAGUUCCAUUGCAGCUUUCUCCAGCAGAAGAGUUUGAGGGUGAACAUAAGCAGAUUAAUAUUUAAAAAGCAAAUUUAUAAAUAGAAAAAGGAGUUUAAACAUCACAUUAAGGAGAAACUGACUUAGGGACAGGAGGCAAGGCAAAUAGUUAGAUGCUUUCUGUGCCUAGGUUUACUUGAGCCAGAGAUACGGUCUGCUGCUUUUAUGACAAGGGGAGAUUUCAGGAAUAGUUUGAGUGUUGGCAGGAUAAUGAAUGCCCUGAUAGGCUGGCGAGUAGAAGUAGGAAGUAAUGUGUAGUGGAGUCUUGGUUCUAAGAGGGAAGAACUGGAGUUGCUAAGUGGGUUGGUUACUUCCUGGUCCAUGACUUUUUGGGAAGGGUCUGGAGGGAUGAUGAAGACCAGCAGAAAUAUGCUGUGAAAUAGUCAAAUAUGUUUGGUUGCAUAAGACGCAGGCUGGCUCUUUGUUGCUGUGUAUCUGGUAUUUCAAACUUCUGACAGCAGAGUUUUCAGGAGAUCUCAUCUUUAUCACAUUCAGCUCCUAUCCCCAUCUUCUUAUGCAUAGAAAGUUGCCUUUGGGGUCAAGGAGUAGUGAACCAUGUAUUUCCAAAAGCCAGUGUGAAUAGGUGCUCUUUCCCUUUGUCUGGGAUGGGAUUGGCUUUUAGAUUAGUCAUAAAUAUCUGAUAAAGUCUGGUAUAUGCUCAGUCCCAGGCUUGAUUGAUGUCUCCAGCUAUGACCACAUUACCUUCAAGUCCUCUGGUUGGGGAAAUCUGUAGUUUCUGGCUGAUCAGAAUAGGCAGUUCCUUGUUCUGCUUUAUUUUCUACCCACUCAACUCUCCAGACUUCCCUCUAAGAUGAGUCAUUAAUUCUCCUUGAAUCUUCUCUGUUGAUUUCAGUGUCCAUGUUUUGAACUCUUCCAGUUCUCCUGAAACAUAAAAGGCUUGGCCCCAGGGCCCCUGGAUUUCCGGGGUUUUUUUUGUUUGUUUGUUUGUUUUUAUCUUUGGCCUUCAUUCGUUCUUUUUUAUUUAUUUAUUUGUUUAAUAAAUUUUAUUUUGAAAUAAAUUCAAUCUUACAGGAACAGUUGCAAAAACAGUACAAAUCCCAUACAUAGAACUCCAUCAUACCCCGACCCCCUUCCACUGAUACCCCAUCCAUCACAUUUAACAUCCUGUCACACCAUUUCUUUCUUUCCCUCCCUCUCUCCCUCCCUCCCUCCCUCCCUAUCUAUCAUCCAUCAUCUAU